UAAAAGAAGUGGAGAAGCAAGAAAAGAGAAAAAAAAAUGGAGCAGAUAAAGAGUUCCAGUUCCAGUAUCCUUUACUAUAACCAGCCUAAGAAUGGCAUAACUCCCUGUCUCGCACUAACCCCGCAUUCAUUUUUAACUAGAUCAAAACAUCCCCAUUUUCCCAGAAGGAAAAGGAGACUCACAUAACCCCCCCUCUCCAAAAGGCUUUCCCCGUAAUCACCAAAGUACUUGUCUUUUUGUGGCCCUCCUUAUCUAGGGUUUCAGUUGGCUUCUUUGCUAGGUGUGGUGACUUGUUGCUAUUGCAACCUUGUGAUCUUCUUGCUUGCUUUCUGCUUUUUAUAGGAAGCAAUCCAAAGUAACAGUUUGCAAAUUUUAAUUUCAUAUGGAAAAUUUAAAUGGGACUCAUUCCGCUGGUCUUGGGUCCACAAUAAGGAAGAAGAGGAGUAUUAUAUCUCGUCGGCCUUGUUCUGAUCUGCAGAAAUUUCUACGGACUUCUACUUUGCUGUCAUCCUCUACACAGUUUUUAAACUGUGGACACAAUGAGGAACAAGUAGCAUCUGGUUCAGAUGGAUUGAGAAGUGAGAAAAGACUGAAGAAGCUUAAGCUCAAGUUUGGUGGUGUCACUCAUACAAUACAUGCCAAGCCAGCAACAGAAUAUGCUUUCAAUGGCGGUUCUUCACUCACAAAAUCUUAUCAAGGUUCUGAUGCUUCUCGGUCUCGAGAGAAGUUACUUGUUCAGGAUUCUAGUUUUAGAAAGGGCAAUUCUUCGGGAAGAAAGAUGUCUGGUGAAAGUAUCUUUGUGAAUGGAACAUCCCAUUUUGAAGCAGUUCGCAAGAGUAAUAGAGUUCCUAAGAGGUGUGCAAUGGAUGUGGAAUUUGAUGAAGAUGGUGACAUAGAUGAGGAAGUACGUUACCUUGGAAGACUCAAUGCUUAUAAGGAGAGAAGAAGAGGGGUGUCAAUGGUUUCAGAUGGUAGGCAAGAGGAUAAGGAUUUUGUGCAAGAGGAAGAGCCUACAUCAGAGGAUGAACCUGGAUACCCAAGCAAGAGGCUGGGAUAUGUUGGAGGAAGGAAUGAAUCAACUACAACUGCACAUAAGCGGGCUCGUCAGACAGUCAAAGAUGAUUUUCUUGUGCCUGGUGCCAGUCUUCUUGAGUUCCCGAAUGGUUUACCUUCAAUCCCUCCUAAAAAACAAAAGACUAAGCUCUCUGAAGUAGAGCAGCAAUUAAAGAAAGCUGAGGCUGCACAAAGGCGUAGAAUGCAAUCAGAGAAGGCAGCAAGGGAGGCUGAGGCUGAAGCAAUCAGAAAAAUACGUGGCCAGGAUUCUGGAAGAAAGAAGAAGGAAGAAAAGAUGAGGAAACAGCGUGAUGAAGUGGUUCAGGCAAAGGCUGCCAAAGCUGAUGCAAUUGGGCCAAAUACUGUCAGAUGGGUCAUUGGCCCCACUGGAACUACGGUUAUUUUCUCUGAUGACAUUGGUCUGCCACGCAUAUUUAAUUCAGUGCCAUGCAGUUAUCCUCCACCACGUGAAAAAUGUGCGGGUCCAAACUGUACAAAUGCAUACAAGUAUCGCGACUCGAAGUCAAAGCUUCCCCUGUGUAGUCUCCAUUGUUACAAGGCAAUACAUGGAAAGAUGCAACCUUUAAUUACCUGCUGAUAUAACUACUGCUCUUCCCUGGUCACUGAAUGAUAUCGAGGACAGUAUUUUGUAACUUAGUGUCGUGGCAAAGACAGCAUGAUUAGUUUCCAUGUCAUAUAUGAUCUAUGGCAUUCCUUUGUCAUAUAUAUUUCUGUGUCAAAUAUAAAUGCACCCAAUCAUUGAAAGAGAA